AGUCAGUCGUGAGUCGACACCCAUCGAGGGUGAAUGUGUUUCAAGUCCGUGUCGACUCGUGUCCGUUCAUCACAACGGUGCUAAUACGAUAAUUCAUUAGUUUUCCCGCUGAGAAAACCAAGUGAAAUAUAGUUAUACCAGCCCCCGGGCUUGUGAGUGGAUUUAACCUGUGAAUAUUAAGCUAGCAGCGGCUUUCGUUUUUUCGGAGCUCCAGUGGAAGCGGCUCGAGCGGAGGCGCUGUCACCAAGAGUGUCGGGUGUGAUGUACCCGGGGAGGGCGAGGGCGGCGUGAGUCGCGACGUGUCCACUAAGAUAGCGGCCGGUAUGGAUCGCUGGCAGACUACCCUGGAGGAUAUGAUGCAUCUGAGAUCCUCCAGCAACCACGUGUUCAAAGACAACUACUGGGCUCAGAAUGGUUUCGACGAGCUGCGGCGUUACGUGAAGCAGGGCGGCGACUUCAGCAAGGAACUCGCCAACAUCUUGCAGGAACGAGUCGAAGCAGAAAACUACUAUUCGAAAUGCUUGGCGAAAUUAGGCUCGAAGCUCAGUAAAGCUUGCAAAGAGAGUGUAGGGUCUUGUGCGGAAGCGUGGAAACACGUCGCUCAUGAUAUGGAGAAGAGAGCUGAGAUACACAGGAGUUACUCCAGUGCGUUGACGGAAGAACUUGUGAAACCGAUGAAACAAGUCAUAGACAACCAACUCAAGUUAAGGAAAAAGAUCGAGGGCAACGUGGACAAGACGACGCGAGCGUUGGCAGAUUGGAGAACAGCGGAGGCCAAGUCAAAGAGACAAUCACACGCGGCCGCCAGGGAAAAUGAGAAGCUUCAAGACGCCUCACUAGACAUUAGUCGUCUGUCACGCAGCUCGAGUAUGGGACACAUCCCUCACUCCAUCCUGAGCGCCGCACGAGCUGAGCGGCUCGCGCCCGCCGCCAGCGAGCGCGACGCCGCCAAGCUGCAAGUGAAGAAGAGGAAGACCGAGGACGCCGUCAAGAAGACAGAGGUCGACUAUUACAACGUUUGUGUUCAAGCGGAAAGAUCGAGGUUGGAAUGGGAGACGAGUGUGGUGAAGGGCGCGGGGAUGCUGGAGUCCCUCGAGGAGGAGAGACUUGAACAGCUGAAGAGCGCCGCCGACUGUUACCUCAGGCUGACGGCAGCAGUCCCGCCGCAGCUGGCGGAGGCGACCAAUGCUCUCGUGGCUCCUAUUAAGAAAGCCAACUCUAACGUGGACAUGCGCGUGGUGCGAGGAGUGCGCGGCGCUCCGGCCGGCGCCAGUGACCAACUGCUACCAGACUUCUACUGCGAGCACACCACGCUAGCCAUGAACAAGGAGAGACGUAAACAAGCCCUAUUGAAGAUUCUUCAGUUGGUAAAGCAAGAUAUAGACAGAGAGCGGAAGUCUAAACAAGGUCUCGAAAAGCUUUCGAUGGCUAUAAAACAGACACCCACUUUCGGUAGUGAUGAUUCUCAACAAAACGUAGCUGACAAACUGUACCACAUGAGGUCCAUGUUAACAUAUCUGGAGGCGGUGCGAUACAAGAUCACAACCAGCCUCACCGAGCUGGACAACCGACCCGCCGGCCAACAUCCGCUCGCCACACACAUACAGAUCGUACGAGACAAGCAAGGCUUGCAGCAGAGCAUACUCAAGGUUCCGCCCUGGCUGCAGGCGGACUAUCAGAGCGAGGUGAACAAGAACCUUCAACCGAACUACACGGCCUUGUCGAAGAGUGUGACCGGCGCCGUCUGUGGAGCGGACGAACGAGAGAGACGCGACUCCGUACUCAGCCGCGCCUCCAGCAAACUGCGCAUUGAGCAUCUGUCUUUCCGGAAGGCCGUGGAGAGGAGUAGCGCUCCCGCCACGCCCACGGUGACUACGGCGCCCACCACACCCACAGUGACCACGGCGCCCACCACGCCCGUGUCCGCGGAGUCCCCCGCUCUCGACUGGACGUCCAGCGAGCGCGGCGCUGGAGACGGACUCUCCAACCAGCAGGACAGUGACUUCGACGAAUUUUCAUCUCAAAGUGACAGUUCAGCUGAUCUAUCAGACGUGAGGAAACAUAACAACAACACCAGCGAGAUGAGUCACAAAUAUAUCGGCAAAUGUAGAGCGCUGUACACGUACGAGGCCAGACUGGACGACGAACUGACGCUCACACCAGGAGACGUGAUCGAUAUCUAUGAGAAGCAGGACGAGGUGUGGUGGAGCGGAGAUCUCAACGGCUGCUUCGGCAUCUUCCCCUCCUCCUACGUCGAGGAGAUCACGUCCUGCAUCUAGCAGCGGAUAAUCAGAGUCGGCUCCAUACAACGAACUAUCCGAACUGUGCAUCAGAAGUAACACAUAUCUUUGAGUCAAGUUAGACAGACAUCCGUAACGAGGUGCCGGGUGUUCAGACCACGAGUAACGCCAGCUCGUUAAACUAGUCGAAGACACGAACGUUUGUGAUGUAUAAAUAGAAGGUUCGUCGACCACUAAUGUGCAUUUUGAAUAUUUAAUAUUGAGUAACGUCAGUUGCUAACACACAAUUUGUUAAGUGUAGGAUGUUUGAAGUAAUAUGAGACGUGUAUGUAACUUAUUAUGUAGGUGUAAGUUUUGUAAAGAUUAAACCAAAGUUCUGUAUGUAAUAAAAGUACGUUUUAAGAAAAUAUAUUAAUAUGAACCCGGAACUAGGUAGUUGGAACUUAUUGCAUAUUCUUAAUAUUGUAGUCUUAUAGUGAGAGUGCUCGUGCAGAGACGGAAUAGACUCGCUGGAGUUGGAUUCUUAAUAAAACAUCUGUAGAGAUGACAACAAAUUAUUUAUUAAAAUAACGUUCGUAGUACGAUAAUAAUAUUGGCAAAAAGGACUACAGUCCAAAAAUAUCUACUACUAAUUCUUCUUAUCUUACUCGGUCGCUAGUGCGGGGAGAUCGGGUCGCUUAAAAAAUAUCGAUAAAAUUUGUUUCACUCUCAAUUCAAUAUCAUUUGUGCAUAUUUAAAUAGUUCAUUUAAUACUUUUGUGCGAUUAUUUAAUAAAACACCUGUCCGUUCGUCAUCCCCGCACUAGGAACUCUAUGGAUGUGAUGUUUCCAAGACGCAACCCAACUCGGCCCCUAACAUAAUGCAAGCGACAAUGUAAACUGAAUACAAAAUAUCUAAAUGAAUAAAUUCCACUUCAAUUUAAUUAAUAUUAAUAAUCUGAGACCGAACUCUGUGAACCGCCUGGCGAGUGUGUCUACACGUGUACACUCACCUCACACACUCGUCCACAUGAAGCCUAUAAGACAUCUACUUCUUAAUCAAUUUUAAUAUUAAUGUAUAUAUAUUAUAUCGAUAAUACUUUUUAAACAUCAAUAAAUUCUCACAUGUGUUGUUUU